GUGCUUUCUCGUUGUUGUUGCGGCAAUGCUGCUGGUGAGCUGCCAGGCGGCGCAGGAUCAGCAGGAUCAGGAGCAGGUGGCGGCAACGCCGACGGCGGAUCAGGUGAGCGCCGCCAGCAGUUAUGCUCCGCUGCAGGAGAAGAAGCAGGAGAAGCGCUAUGUCGGUGGAUACGGUGGUUACAGUGGUUACGGCGCUGGUUACGGCACUGCUGGUUACGGUGCUGGUUAUGGUAAUUACGGUGCUGCUGGUUACGGUGGCAACUAUGGCAGCAACUACGGCGGAUAUGGCUCCACACUGGGUGCCGGCUAUGGCAGCGGUGUGGAUAGCUACUACAAUCCUUAUGGAGGAGCUCGCGGUUAUGGCGGUCUAGAUGGCGCUGCUGGAUAUGCUGGCUAUGGCUCCGCUCUGGGUGGCUACGGAUCAUCCGCCUUGGGUGGUUAUGGCUCCUCUUUGGGCGGCUAUGGCUCCUCUUUGGGAGGUUAUGGCUCCUCCCUGGGCGGUGGCUACUACGGCAGCGGCUACAACUCGAAUCCCUAUGCGCUGUCCUACUACAAUUCGCGUCUGGGCGGUGGAGCGGGAGUCAGCACCGGUUAUCCGUACUACAACACACGCUUCGGUGCCGGCGGCUAUCCGUCCAGCUACUACAACAGCAACUAUGGCAACAGCGUUGUGGGCGGCGGUCUGGGAGCGUUGGGCGGUGUACCGCCCAUUGGUUCCGGCUACAAUUACGGAGCCGGCAUCUCGGGCACCGUCUACUAGGAUACGGCUCAUAGCAUUCCACACAUUUAAGCUUAGUGCAAUUGAUUCUAUAUAUUUUUUUUUUUCAACCCCCAUUCAUUUUAAUAUAUGUAUGUAUGUAUUUUUUUUCUAAUUUAAUAUUUUAAUAUGUUUAAAGAAAAUGAAGCAAAGCUCAAAUUC